UUGAGAAAGAAAAAGAGACUAAUAAGAGAAGAAAAGAAUGAUAAAGGGAAUAAAGUAGGAGUAAUGUGUUUAGGGGUAUGGAGUUUUCUGUAACUAAAAAGCGGAAGCUUUUGCUGUGCCAUUAUUGAUGUGGAACUGAAUUUUAUUGUUAUUUAUUAAUUAUUUUGUCUGUAGGACCCAUUUCUAUAUGCUAAAUCUGUUCCUUUGAAUUUUUCUCUUUUUCUUCUUCGAAUCUCUGCUGUUCAUUUCAGGCUCCUCAAUUUCCAUCAUACCAUAACUCUUUUUCUUUCUUUCUUUUGUUUUGAUUUCCGGCUCACAACGGACCCCUUUGGCUUUCUUGGUUAUUUUUUUGAGUUGGGAGCUGGUAACAUUCUCUUUUCUUUUCUUUUUUUUUUUUUCAAAUGAUGGGUUUUGCUUCUCUCAUGCUUCGUUGCUGAGAAUGCGCAUGAAACGGAUCCAAGUGGUGAAGUAUUCCCUUGCCAAAAGUUUGGUUAUCAUAAGGGAUGAAGUAUGGUAUCGUAACUGAGUGCAAUACAGUGUCUAAAUUACGCUAGUGAUUGUAAAGCAACUACAUGAAAUCAUUCAAUUUGGGUUACCUAUCAGAAGGAAAAAAGGAAGAAAACUUUUGUUUAGUAAUGGGGUAAGACAUAUAGGAGUGAUAGAGGAAUGACAACCUUUAAUUAGGUCCACUGGCUGCAUGGGAGGCUUAUUGCAUCUUUUUGACUUCAAUCAGGGGAGCAUGGCCAGGAAAGUUCGUACACAUAAAAAAGGUGUCGGUGGCCAUGAAGCUCCUGGAAAUAGUCUUGAGCUGCAAGUAGAAAAUUCUCAGCGCUAUUGUGCUGCAGGAGACUUACCGGUGGAAGAAGAUAGGUCUGGAAAGAACAAUUAUCCAUUUGAGACUUCAAUGAAGAAAUUGAUUAACGAGGAAAUCUCCAAAUGUUCAAGUACCAGACAAAAUGCACCAAGUAUUGUGGCCCGUCUGAUGGGAAUAGAUAUGGCAUCAUUAGAUACGAAGUCCAUAGUUCAGCCAAUUGAGAAAAAGAAUGAGCCUACAAAAAUAAAAGGUUCAAAUAAAGAAACAAAUGGAAGGGGCUUAAUUAAUCAUGUUUCUUCUAACUCGAAUUCUUCUAGGCAACCGGAACUUGAUUUGUUUUACCAUGAUGGAGACAGAGAAGCUGGUAGAUUGAGCAAUGGCCAGAAGUUAGGGAAACCAAGGCGACGAGAACAUCCUCAAGAGGAGGAAUUACAGAAGUUUAAGAAAGAAUUUGAAGCAUGGCAGGCAGCCAGGUUUAAGGAGUGUUCAAGGGUUGCUGAACUUGAAAUCAUCCAUUCGCACUGGCUUCCUCAAGAGGACCUCAACGAGGAAAUGAUUGGACUUCACUCGAAAUCAGGAAGAACAGCAUUUGAAAAGCCUGUGGAACCUAAAAGUAGCACAAUAAAAGCAAGGUCGCAUGAACGAAUUGAUUUGGGACAUCAUGGAGAUCAGAUGGAAUUAUUCCCAUUUGAGCAAAAGGGAUCUUAUCCACGGAGAAGCAGAACACUAAGCAGAGACUUUGAUCAAUACUCCUUGAUGAGUUCCUCUCAAAAAAUUGAUCCAUCUUUUGUUCCAACAAGAAUAGUUGUUUUAAAGCCUGGUCCUGAUAGACUUUGUAAUCCUGAAGAGUCUUGGAGCAGUUCUUCUGGCACUUCAGAGCAAAGAGGCAGUAUUGAAGAUUUUCUAGAGGAGGUUAAAGAAAGACUGAAAUGUGAAAUGCAAGGGAAAACGAUUAAAAGGGGUUCUGUUGUCCGAGGAAGUGGAAUUGAGACCCCUUACAGUGAAAAGCCAGCAAAUCCAAAACAGAUUGCUCAGCACAUAGCAAAACAAGUUAGAGAAAGUGUGAGUAGGGACAUGGGAGUGAAUUUGCUUCGAUCAGAAUCAACAAGAUCAUAUAGGAGUGAAAUUCAGUUGAAUGGACCAGGAUCCCCAGAGUUCAUCAACAGAGAUACUAGAAGAUUCUUAUCAGACAGAUUGAGAAAUGUUUUAAAAAGAGAAACAGAAUUGAAUGUUCCUUGCACUGCAGUUGGUGACAGCUCUACGUCAUCUGUGUUACACAAUGAAAGGGCCAGAGCCAGAGGAGAUGUUUUGAAGAAAAGAAAUGAAACAGACUACAGUGAGAUUGUCAAAGAUGAGCAAGAAAUGCAAACAAGAUCUUUCAGGCAUGGGCUAGGUGAUGAUGUAAUGCUCCACAGAGAGUUGUCCCCUAGAAACCUUGUUAGGUCAUUGUCAGCCCCAGUGUCAGGAACAUCUUUUGGGAAGCUUCUUCUUGAGGACCGCCACAUUUUAACUGGUGCACAAAUCCGCAGGAAGCAUGAAGCCAUUGAAAAAGUGUCAUUUGAUAUGAAAAAGAGGAAGAAAGAAAAAUUUAACUUCAAAGAAAGAGUUUCCAAUUUUAGAUACAGCUUUACUCUUAGAGGGAGACUUUUUGGCAAAAAGAUGCAGUCAAUUUUGGAAUCAAAUGGUGAAGAGCAUGAUCCUAUGAAAGACAUCAUGAGUGGACCAACUGUUACAAACUUUGGAGAGAGGCAUGUGAGGGAGAAUUUUACUGAGGUUCCUCCUAGUCCUGCAUCAGUGUGUAGCAGUGCUCAAGAAGAUUUCUGGAGGCCAGUUGAUUAUCUUAGCCCUCUAUCAACACCAGAUUUAACUCCAAGAGAUGAUUAUAUUGUGCCACAGGUUUUUAGAGAGAUCAGCUCAAACCUCAAUGAGCUACGGAGGCAACUAAACCAACUAGAGUCUGAUGAGCCUGAGGACACAGUAAACAAACAGGAGCCUAUUGAGCCUGAAAUGGUAGAAAUAAAGGAUCCAGCAGAAGCUUACAUAAGAGAUCUGCUUGUUGCUGCUGGUUUAUAUGAUGGAUCAUCUGAGAAACAUUUGUCAAGAUGGGAAACACUAGCAAAGCCAGUCAGCAUCUCAGUCUUUGAAGAAGUGGAAGAAUCAUAUAAAAAAAUGGCCAAGGAGCAGGAAAACUCUUUAAAUGAUCACGAUGAGAAGAAGGUAGAUCACAAGGUGUUACUUGAUUUAUUGAAUGAAACACUUUCAACUGUUCUAACACCACCUUUGAGUCUGUCCAAAUUCUGGAGAAACAUUAUUAAUACCUCUACUCUACCACCAUUACAUGGAAAGAAAUUGUUGGACCGUGUUUGGAGGGUUAUGUGUGAGCAUCUAUAUCCUCCAGAUGACAGAUGUCAUUAUUCUCUUGAUAGUAUGGUGGGUAGAGAUAUGAGAUUGACACCUUGGUCUGGACUGAUAAGUGAGGAAGUUUAUAGUAUUGGAAGAGAAAUGGAAAGUCUGAUUAUGGGAGAUCUAGUAGAGGAAAUUUUGCAGGAUAUGCAGUCAUUUAUAAGUUGACAGACUAUUCAAAACAGCAAAAAUAUGACUUUUUUAGGCGGUGGUGUGUAUAUGAGAGGAAAAAAAAAAAAAAAAAAAAAAAAACUAAA